UCUUUCUAAUUGAGAGAGCUUGAUCUCAUGGACGGCGAAAGGUUUUUGCAGCCCCCGACUGACGGCGACCUAAUCACUGUUCUUAGCAUCGACGGCGGCGGUAUAAGGGGGAUUAUCCCAGGAAUAAUCCUUGGUUUUCUCGAGUCUGAAUUACAGAAGCUAGAUGGCGAGGAAGCGAGAAUUGCGGAUUACUUUGAUGUUAUUGCAGGGACGAGUACCGGCGGGAUUGUGACCGCCAUGCUAACCGCUCCAAAUGAGAAGAACCGGCCAUUGUUUGCAGCCAAAGAUAUCAAAACUUUCUAUCUCGAGCAUUGUCCUAAGAUCUUCCCUCAAGAGAGCAACCCAUUUGCCCAUGCUACAAAAAUAAUGAAAACAAUAACAGGGCCCAAGUACGACGGCAAGUACCUCCAUAGCAUAAUUCGAGAGAAGCUCGGAGACACACUGUUGCAUCAAGCGUUGACAAACGUUGUUAUACCGACUUUCGACAUCAAGCGACUCCAGCCCACAGUCUUCUCUACCUACGAGGUGAAGAAAAACAAAUGUCUAGACGCCAUGCUCUCGGAUAUUUGUAUUUCCACUUCGGCUGCUCCCACUUAUCUUCCUGCCCAUUCCUUUCAAACCAAAGAUUCGUCCGGGAAAGUGAGAGAGUUCGAGCUCAUCGACGGUGGAGUGGCGGCUAACAAUCCGGUACACGUUUCAUAUUUUCUUUUCAAUGCAACUCAAUGA